GGAGCGCAGUGCGAGCCGAGCGGGCACCGGGCACGGCCUCGCCACGGAUCUUACCCCUUCUCCGCGCCGGCACCUCCCCAGCUGCCGCCGCAGGUAAGAAUCGCCUCCUUGCCCCCGUCUCUCCCCGCCUCCCCGAGGAGCGGAGGCGAUGCGCGGCGCGCGCGCUGUCGCGAUACCCCCGCGAUAAAGCGGCCGCUGCCUGCGGCUCGGAGAAGAGGGGGAACUCCUGCGUUUCUCACGGAGCUAUUCUCAGCGCCGAAAAUAAUUCGAUAGACCAUGCCCUCUCUAUGACAGUGGCUUGCUGAGCUCACCCUGCAUGCCAGCAGACUGUCCUUGGUCGGUCCGAGGGCUUCUGGGGACUCCGGCCUCUGCCCGGUUUUUCCGCGUGUGUGUGUUCCUGUAGAACUUUCAAAACUGUUUCUCCAAAGGGUUUUGCAGAAACUCAGACUGUUUUCUAAAGCAGAAGCACCUCAGUCCCCGGCAGUAGUGAUGGGCAGCGUGCGAACCAACCGCUACAGCAUCGUGUCUUCGGAGGAGGACGGCAUGAAGCUGUCCACCAUGGCCGUGGCCAACGGCUUCGGCAACGGCAAGGGCAAGGUCCACACCCGGCAGCAGUGCCGGAGCCGCUUUGUCAAGAAGGACGGACACUGCAACGUCCAGUUCAUCAACGUGGGUGAGAAGGGGCAGCGCUACCUGGCCGAUAUCUUCACCACGUGCGUGGACAUCCGCUGGAGGUGGAUGCUCGUGAUCUUCUGCCUGACCUUCAUCCUCUCCUGGCUUUUUUUUGGCUGUGUGUUUUGGUUGAUUGCGCUGUUGCACGGGGAUCUGGAGAACCAAGAGAACAGCAAGCCUUGCGUGUCUCAGGUGAGCAGCUUCACCGCAGCCUUCCUGUUCUCCAUCGAGACCCAGACCACGAUCGGCUACGGCUUCAGGUGUGUCACCGACGAGUGUCCCAUCGCCGUGUUCAUGGUGGUCUUCCAGUCCAUUGUGGGCUGCAUCAUUGAUGCCUUCAUCAUUGGUGCCGUCAUGGCAAAGAUGGCUAAGCCAAAAAAGAGGAACGAAACUCUGGUCUUCAGCCACAAUGCCGUGGUGGCCAUGAGGGACGGGAAGCUGUGCCUGAUGUGGCGCGUGGGGAACCUGAGGAAAAGCCACUUGGUGGAGGCGCACGUGCGGGCGCAGCUCCUGAAAUCCAGGAUCACGUCGGAAGGGGAGUACAUCCCCCUGGAUCAAAUCGACAUCAACGUGGGCUUUGACAGCGGCAUCGACCGCAUCUUCCUGGUCUCCCCCAUUACAAUAGUGCAUGAGAUUGACGAGGACAGCCCUUUGUAUGACCUGAGCAAACAGGACAUGGACAAUGCUGACUUCGAGAUCGUGGUCAUCUUGGAGGGCAUGGUGGAGGCCACCGCCAUGACCACCCAGUGCCGUAGCUCAUAUCUGGCCAACGAGAUCCUCUGGGGCCACCGCUACGAGCCCGUGCUCUUCGAGGAGAAGAACUACUACAAAGUGGACUACUCGAGGUUCCACAAAACGUACGAAGUGCCCAACACACCCAUCUGCAGUGCCAGGGACUUAGCGGAGAAGAAAUACAUCCUCUCCAACGCCAACUCCUUCUGCUACGAGAACGAGGUGGCCCUCAGCAGCAAGGAGGAGGACGAGAUCGACACGGGGGUGCCUGAGAGCAUGAGCACGGACACCCACCCGGACAUGGAGCACCACAACCAGGCGGGGGUGCCCCUGGAGCCGCGGCCGCUGCGGCGGGAGUCGGAGAUAUGACUGGCAGGCUCUGCCUCUCCCGCGUGGCUGGAAGGCAAAAUCCCCACCGUGUCCGUCGGGCAAGGGCUCGUUGACCUGAGAAGUUGGCCCAGAAGAGUUUGCAGAAAACGGUACUGUGGAAGAGUGGCGUGAAGGCAGCAGACCCGAGGAACCCAGGCUGGUUUUAGGGCUGUCCUCAGAGGAGGGACGACAGGAAAUGAACUCUAAACACAAAGCACUAAACAUGUCUAAGUAUGAACAGAAGGCACAUAUGUUGUAGAAUAAAUUAUGUAUAUAUUUUUUUACAAAACUUGAACUUGCAGGCAAGCUUUGGUUGGGUUAUUAUUAUUUUUUUUUUUCAACUUUUUCCAGAAUGCUUCUCUCUAGGGAACAAGAAUGUUUUUAAUGGCAUAACAAAGGCAAGAAUCUGCCUUAUUAUUAUUAUUAUAAUUAUUUUUUAAAAAGCUGCUGCUAACUACAUGAACACAAAUGGUUAUUUUUGUUGCAGUGUAGUUUUUAUUUUCUCUUGUGUAAUUUAAAAAGAAAGGAAAAAAAAAAAGUCAGUGUUGAACUUUUUGGGUUGAAAAGCUCGUGAUCAGAGAGGCCAAUGUUGCCAGAAAGUUUAAACUCCUUUUGAGGCCAGUAGUUGAUAGCUAGAAUCAAUUUCUCUCUUUCCAAUUACAUAAGGGGCAUUAUGUAAUAUCAGGCCAAUCAGUAGCCUCCAGCAAAAUUAUGAUUUUUUUGGGGGGAGAAUUUAAUUCUCUGUUUAAAGGAAAAACGAGACAAAAGAUAUGUAUACAUAGGAAAAAGUACUACGUUAAACUACCUAAGUGGAUACCAAAGAAAAUGCACAGUUUUGCACAGUGGAGUUUAUUUAAAAAAAAAA